CCUUGCUUACUGUUUAAAUCAAGUGCUUGUGAUAGCUCGUGGACACAGACAGGGGUAACAGACCUGAAACAUAUGUCAGAACGCAUUAAGAAACACGAACGGGCAAGAGUGCAUAUGGACAACUCUGUGAAGCUAGCCAUGUUAGGCCGAAUUAGCAUAGCCACACAGCUAGAUGAGGGACACCGCGUUGCGAUAAGAAGGCACAACGAAGAGGUGGACAGGAAUCGGCAUAUUUUGUCAAAGAUCAUUGAUGCCGUGAAAUUUUGUGGUGCCUUUGAACUUGCUUUGCGUGGUCACGAUGAGAGUGAAGCCUCAGAAAACCCUGGCAUCUUCCUGGGUCUAAUUGAUCUCAUGGCCUCAAUCGACCGCGAGUUGGAGGUGCACCUGGAGAACGCCACUGUUUUUAAAGGCACUUCGAAGACCGUGCAGAAUGAACUGUUAGACUGCAUGUUGUCAGUUCUCAGAGACCGCAUUCUGGAAGAGGUGAAACAGUCGGACUAUAUUGCCAUUCAGGCAGACGAGACAACCGACAUAUGCACUCAUUGUCAGCUUGUGCUUGUACUACGGUACAUAGAUGGCCACAACAACAUUCAAGAACGCUUUUUUGAGUUUAUCGCGCUUCCAAAUGCGACCGCUGAUACGAUUUCCACUGCAUUAUUGGAAAGACUGAGCACCAUCCUUCCUGCGGGACAAGAGGGGAAAUUAAUUGCCCAGGCCUAUGAUGGUGCCGCAGUGAUGAGGGGUGCUACUGGUGGAGUGCAGCGUAAAGUGCAAGACGUCUACGGGUGUGCAUAUUACGUUCACUGUUAUGCGCAUCAGUUGAACCUCAUUAUGCAGCAGGCAACAUCCCACAUCCCAAAGAUCGGCCAGUUUUUUUCAGAUGUAGGGGGGUUUUCUACAUUUUUUUCCAAGUCAUUCAAACGAACGGCAGUGCUGGAUGAAGUGGUGGCACACAGACUUCCAGGUGCUUCAACAACGCGAUGGAACUUCCACAGUCGAGCGGUUAACACCGUUUACGAGCACAAAGAUGAACUGGUUAAGUGCUUCCAAACCAUUCGAGACAGAGGAGACUUUGAUGCCAUAUCGAAGAGAGAGGCCGGGGGUUGUAUGAGAAUGUUGGAAGAUGAGGUUUUCUGUUUCAUCCUGGCGUUAUUCCACAAAAUCAUGCCACAUGUAGACAUGCUGUUUAACCAUCUGCAGAAGAGGAACAUUGACUCUGUCUUCAUCGCAGGGAUCAUCCAGAGGUUCACUCACAGCAUACAGGCCAUCAGGUAGGCUAUGAUUGUGCAUAUUGGCUGAAAACAUGCUCAUGUAGCCUAAACAAUAAAAACAUAAAUCCACAUGGCUGAGUACAAUAGAACCUAUCAUAAAUAUCACAAUUUCACCAACAUGUUAGACUAGUGAAUUUAUUUGUGAUGAAUCUAGAUAACAUUGACUAGGCCCAACACAACAAUAGCACAUAUUUUAAUACAAUUUUAUUAAAAUUAUUUUUAUAUCUCCAGCAAGUUGGUUUCUGAUACAGUAAUUUCAGGGUGGACAGUGACUUGUGAAACUUAUUUUGGAUCAGGGACUCCUGUCCUUCUCUAGUUGAGGAUGAGGAGUAUAGGGGACCUGUACAGGAACCACCCCUGAAGAAACGGAGGGCAAUGGGAGAAGAAACGCAACAGCAUCUGGCAAUAGAGGUAUGUGAUACCAUUAUGAGCCAUGCCAAGGAGAGGUUUUCUUUCACCAAUCAUCUCAUCAGUGCCACUCUGUUGCAAGGAGACUUGUUUCCACAACACAGCAGAAAGUUCCCGGAUUCAGCACUAGG